AUGCGUACAUUUGUGGUCGUUUGCUUGAUUGCCGCUGCUACGGCUCAAUAUAGCUAUCCUCCACAGGGAUCAGUUGAUCUUUCUGGAGCUGUAGGCGCCGCACAACUUUCCCAGCCAAUUCAGCCAGCAAACGAGUACAACAAAGAAUUCUACACCUACUCGGCUCCCGAAAAUGAAUUCGAUGAUGCUGGCGCCAACGACCAGAUCGCCCACUCACUGAAGAAGAACUUGCGCGUCGUUUUCAUUAAGGGACCCGAAAACAAUGGACUCGAGAAUGCCGCUUUGCAGUUGGCUAAGGCUGCUGGUGAUGAACGUACCGCCAUCUAUGUACUCAGCAAACAAGCUGACAUCGGUGAUUUGGCCAACAGAUUGAACUCAUUGCAAAGCAAUACCAACAAACCCGAAGUGCACUUCGUCAAGUACAGGACCCCUGCUGAUGCUGAGAAUGCCCAGCGCGCUAUCCAGUCGCAAUACGACUCACUGCCCGGUCCAUCUACCAGCAAUAGCGGCGGUGCUGCACCCGUCUUGAACUUUGCUUCACAGGCGCCUGCUGCUCCCGCGCCAGUAGCACCAUCCAACUCGUAUAUUCCACCACAGGCACCACAAGCGUCGUAUUUGCCACCCAGCAGAAGAUUCUAA